AUGCCGGAAGAUUUCAUAGCACCUGCAGGCGAACACGGGAAACAAAAGAACCUCAAGCAUGAACAACGAAAGAACCUUAUGCACAAACUUCAGGAGCAAAUGAAAAAAAAUAAUAGAAAACAAAUAAAUACGAGUGAUGCACAAAUGGAUAAUCUAGAAGACGUGGGCUCAGUAAAUGAAGAAGAUAUUCCGGAUCUGCCAGACGCAUUCCCGCAUCACAAAAGGUCCAAAUACAAACCAGAAGAGCCGAAGAUGCCCAAAUUAGAGGACGUUGAUUUUACGUAUUUAUCUCAACUUAUUCAUCGCGUGAAUGAAAGUCAGACUAAAAAUAAACUACCCUCGAUGCCGUUAGAUCUUAACAAGGAUUUAAAAGAACUUCAAAGAAUUCAGGCUCAACAAACACGUAGAACUUUCGAUUCUUAUAACUUACCACCUAUUAACGAUCAUCCUGAAGUCAAUCAACAAAGAAAUUUGCAUAAACCAGGAUCUGAUGACAUCUACUAUACUAAUUUAGGAAGGAAAAUAGCUGCUAUGAUACGCAAUGCAGACUUUAAAUUGAAUUCUCAAUUUAAAGAAGAAUCUGAACACCACCAACUUCCAUACCAUUCAGUACUUAAUGAAAACAGCCAAAUGCCUCAGGCGUAUUGGGAGCGCUCUGUCCGAUCUCCACUGAAGCAGUUAAGACCAUUUAGUAAUUACCUCGAAGAGGCACGUACUCUGAGGCAUAGUAAUGAAAGAAGUCUUCUGAACCUCGAAAAUGAGGUUGAAACAUUUGCAUCUACUCCUGAACCUCUAAGCUUACAAGAUCUUGAAAACAUUUUAAAUACUAUGCAAAAAGUACAUGCUCACAUUAAAUUGAGACAACCCUCGACUAACACGAAGCGAUCAGAGGUUAGUAUGAAUGUGAACUUAUUACCAAAUUACAUCAAACCCGAAAACUCUUACAGAAGAAUAUUAAAUGAGCCGAAAAAAGUUGAAUAUUUUCCAAUUUCCACUACAUCAACCCCCAAAGUGUACGCAAAGACACACGCACCCAACAUAACUAAUCUAACGGUCUUCCAUAAGGAGGAAAGUAAUUACAACUCACAGUUCCACGAUUACUGGAUGUAUUCUGGUAAUCAACAAGCAGUUAAACCGAUUCCGAUAUCUGUCUCUACAAGUAAGCCACUUCUACAUAAAACACAAAGUCAUCCUCAUCCUCAUUCUCAUCCUGACCUUCAUCCUCAUGUUCAGAAUCCUAUCAGACCGCUGUCCGUCAGUGCAGUGCUCCCGCAGAAUCCCUCCCCAACGAAGGUGCCGCGUACUGAACACCUGGCAUUUCUUAGAAGCAUGCCUUUAGUGAAACAGACUACUCCGAAAAGAUAUGAGCCAAUACUUGGAAAUAACCAUAACUUAAAUUACUUCACGGGUAACAAACAUCAUUAUAUGUUUGAACAAGGUUUAUACCCGCUUCUUACACCUUUUCGAAGACAAAUAAGAAGAAACUAUAGACAUCCUUCUUUUUUCCACCCUUCGUUACAUCACUUUGAAUUCUUCGAUUGA